UUGUUUUUUGGUCUGUUGCUCUUUGCCCUGCAGCUGAAGAGGCGAGGGACUAGUGCGUUGGUUACCCUUCAGUACACACACAUUUACUUUUCACCGUCACUCGUUAACUCCUCACGGGGAAAACAUUCUUGUAACAGCAGCUAAAGUCAGCCACGUGAAUAUUCCAAUUAUUAACUGCCGGCACAACGCAUUAUCACCUGGCUGCGGCACACCUGUACGUGCAUUGAAUUGUCCUCCCAGCUCGCACGCAUCUCACCAGCAUCAAGAGACCGCCACACACAGGUAUGGCGAGGACGCGGUGCUUGUUCCUGCUGCUGGUUUGCGGAGUGUUGGUGGUCAUGGUGGUAAUGACGGGCAGACUUCAUAAACAUGCCCUUAAGCCCCGCGAGGUGAACGAUCGAGACUCAGAUGACAAUGAAGAGACGUACGAGGAGGACGAAGACUAUGAAGAGACAUACGAGGGGGGCGAAGGCUAUGAAGAGACGUACGAGGAGGGCGAAGGCUAUGAAGAGACGUACGAGGAGGGCGAAGGCUAUGAAGAGACAUACGAGGGCGAAGGCUAUGAAGAGACGUACGAGGAGGGCGAAGGCUAUGAAGAGACGUACGAGGAGGGCGAAGGCUAUGAAGAGACGUACGAGGAGGGCGAAGGCUAUGAAGAAACGUACUAAUACAACUGGAGAAAGUGACGUAAUGUGAAAGCCACUCGCACAUCCACGGUCGUCUGCGAGAACUUUGGCAUUUUUUUCCCCACCUAGUCGCCUCUCUUACGGUCAUCACAGCUCUGCAGUGAACCUCCCGAGCAGCAACUGAUACCUGGCGCUCAAGGCAUCAGCACCAGUACCUCAGCCACCACCACGAGGCAGCAAGACUUAUUUCUACGACACUUAUAAUCAAUUUCGUCCACAUUUGACUACAAUUCGCAUUAUGUAUAUUACAACUCACAUUUUCACCUACUAACUGGGUAGAAAAUGUCUUUGUAGGUGGUAUGUAAAAUAAUAAAGAUAUAAACGAA